UGCAGUCAAUAGUAUCCAUGUAUUUAUUACAAUUUAUUUACAAAUUAAUGAAAAUUUAAAGAUAUUUAAAUACUUAAUAAUUAGCAUUAUUAAAGAUGAAUGUAAUACAAGCAGUGAAGAUGUAUAUUACGAAGAUGACGGAGGAAAGUGGGCCUGGAAUGAAAGUAAUACUUAUGGAUAGAGAAACGACCAGCAUUGUAAGUAUGGUGUUCAGCCAAUCAGAAAUACUUCAGAAGGAAGUGUACCUGUUUGAGAGGAUCGACAGUCACUCCAAAUGGGAUAAUUUAAAGCACAUGAAGUGCAUCGCAUUCUUGCGUCCAACAUCUGAGAAUAUUGCACUGUUAUCACGCGAGCUUAGAUAUCCAAAGUAUGGAGUGUACUUUAUAUAUUUCAGUAAUGUGAUAUCUAAAGCGGAUGUGAAGACACUCGCAGAGUGUGAUGAGCAGGAGGCUGUGAGGGAAGUGCAGGAAGUGUUUGCGGAUUACCUCGCAGUAGAUCGACACCUGUUCUCAUUCAAUAUUACGGGCUGUUUGCGUGGACGCAUGUGGAACCAGCAGGAGCUCCAACGCUGUUCCCAAGGACUCCUCGCUCUACUCUUAUCCCUCAAACGGCGGGCUGUGGUCCGGUACGAGGCGGCGUCGGAGCCCUGCGCGCGGCUCGCGGAACGAGUUCGAGAUCUCCUGAGAAGAGAAGCUGUGCUGAUAGAUAAUAAUAUCCCAUUCAAUGGGGAUAUACCAACUCCACAGUUGCUUAUAAUCGAUAGGAGAGAUGACCCAGUGACUCCCCUACUCAAUCAGUGGACGUACCAGGCGAUGGUGCACGAGCUGCUGACCAUCCACAACAACCGCGUGAGCCUGGCGCACGUGGCCGACGUGCCCGCAGACUUCCGCGAAGUGGUGCUGGCCUCCGAGCAGGACGAGUUCUACGCCAAGAAUUUAUACUCGAACUUCGGUGAGAUUGGACAAACGAUGAAAUCACUAAUGGACGAGUUCCAGAAAAAGGCCAAGAGUCAUCAGAAGGUGGAGAGCAUUUCCGACAUGAAGAACUUUGUGGAAACCUACCCGCUGUUCAAAAAAAUGUCUGGCACGGUGACGAAGCACGUGACGGUGGUGGGCGAGCUGUCGGCGGCUGUCGCCACCCACCACCUGCUCGAGGUCUCCGAGCUGGAGCAGGAGAUCGCCUGCCAGAGUGACCACUCCAAGCAUUUGCAGCGUCUGAAGUCCCUGAUCUCCAACGAGUCGAUCCGCCACCACGAUGCCGCGAAACUGGUCGCGCUAUACGCGCUGCGCUACGAGAAGCACGCCAGCAACGCGCUGCCCGCGCUCACAGACGCGCUCAAGAGUCGCGGGUGCCCGGAGCCGUUGGUGAAGGCAGUCGUCAACGUGCUCGAGUACGGCGGGGCACACGCCAGGCAGAGCGACCUGUUCGGACUGCAGGACGCUGCUAAGAUUACCAAGAGACUGUUCAAGGGUCUCAACGGCGUGGAAAAUAUAUACACCCAACACACGCCACUACUCAAAGACACGCUUGAAGAUCUAAUAAAGGGGAAAUUAAGGGAGAAUCUCUACCCCACCCUUGGGGGAGACGACAGUGGCUACGGCCGGCGGCCGCAGGACAUCAUCGUAUUCAUAGUUGGUGGCGCCACAUAUGAGGAAGCGUUAUGUGUUCACCAGAUCAACCAGGCGUACCCUGGAGUCAAAGUGGUACUAGGCGGCACUACAGUCCACAAUUCCACGUCGUUUCUGGAAGAAGUGAAGGCAGCUAUGCAGGGUGUGCAUAGAACGCACACCAGACACAUUAAAAAUGUUUAAUUCAUAAUUGUGAAUUAGCUGUAUUAGAAUGAAUUUAAUGAGAUAUCUAUUUACGUCGUAAAUUAUCACAAAAUACUAUAUUUAUUAUAACCUAUAUGAAUAAUAUUUAUUCUAAUAUUAUAAACAGAUAGAGAGAGAGCGCGUAGAUUUUAUUA